CUGAGUGGGAGAGGGGGACCGGGGUGGAAAAGAGGAGCGUGUGUGUGUGUGAGAGUGAGUGUGUGUGAGAGAGAGUGAGAGAGGCCGAGUGCGAAGGACAGGACAGGACAGGGGGACCACCGCGGGCCCAGAUCUCUAUAUGGGUUGCGUCCUGGGUGCGGAUUGCUGCGAGGACGAGCUGGUAGAGGCACCGGUCAGCAGGUCAAGCAAGCGGAGUGGUCCAGAGCGCAGCAGCAGCAUGAGGCUGACCAAGGUGGGGAAGGGAGAGCCACACGUCUUCAAGGAGAAGGCCUUCAAGAAGAAGCGGCAGUGCGGGGUGUGUCGGCAGAGCAUCGACAGCCUGGGCUCCUUCUGUCGAGUCUGCAAAACAGCCACACACAAGAAAUGUGAAGCAAAGGUGAACACGGCCUGCAUCCCGGCUGCCCCAUCUGACCUGCAGCGUAGGGGAACAGCUCCCUCCAGACACAUCCAGCACCUGGGCUCCACAAAGUCCUUGACGUACUCCAAACAACGGAGUACUCUUCCCAGGAGCUUCAGUGUGGACCGGGUGAUGGAGCGUGUCAUGGAGAGGAACUAUGACUUUGACCUCACCUACAUCACAGAGAGGAUCAUCUCCGUCUUCUUCCCCCCUCUGCUGGAGGAGCAGCGCUACCGUGGCAACCUGAAGGAGGUGGCCGCCAUGCUGAAGUCCAAGCACCAGGACAAGUUUCUGCUUCUCAACCUCUCCGAGAGAAGGCAUGACAUCACCCGCCUGAACCCAAAGGUCCAUGACUUUGGCUGGCCCGACCUCCACGCUCCGCCCCUCGACAAAAUCUGCGCCAUGUGCAAGGCCAUGGAGACCUGGCUGAACUCCGACCCCCAGCAUGUGGUGGUGCUGCAUUGCAAGGGCAACAAAGGUAAAACCGGAGUCAUCAUUGCAGCCUACAUGCACUACAGCAAGAUCUCUGCAGGGGCAGACCAAGCUCUGAGCACGCUGGCCAUGAGGAAGUUCUGUGAAGACAAGGUGUCCUCCUCCCUCCAGCCCUCACAGAACAGGUACAUCUACUACUUUGGAGGUCUCCUCUCAGGGGCCAUCAAGAUGAACAGCAGCCCCCUGUUCCUCCACCAGGUCCUCAUCCCCACCAUCCCCAACUUCCAGGCAGACGGAGGAUAUUUUCCAUUCCUCAAGAUAUAUCAGUCCAUGCAGCUGGUCUACACAUCUGGAAUAUAUGACCUGCAAGGCUCAGGAGGAAGACGACUGUGUGUUACCAUAGAACCUGCACUGCUACUAAAAGGAGACAUAAUGGUGAAGUGCUACCACAGACGGGUGCAGAACGCAGAGAGGGACACCGUGUUCCGGCUGCAGUUUCACACCUGCACCAUCCACGGGGCGCAGCUCUGGUUCGGGAAAGGGGAGCUGGAUGAUGCCUGCUCGGAUGAAAGAUUUCCCUCUGAUGCAACAGUGGAGUUUGUGUUUUCCUCUGGACCAGAGAAGAUGAAAGGUCGGGAGUACCAGAGGAAUGACCCCGCGGUGACCGUCGACUAUAACACAUCAGACCCAGUGGUGCGUUGGGACUCUUAUGAGAAUUUCAACCAGAGGCAUCAGGACAGCUUGGAAGGUAGAGUGCAGCACUUGGAAGAUAUUGGCCAUACUCGCGGCCCAUUGGACGGCAGUCUGUAUGCCCAGGUGAAGAAGAGGCGUGCCGCUGGCUCUGGGUCGCUCACCUCCACCAAUGGGAGCCUGCCGUGCAGCGCUGCCGAAGAGCGGCCCAGCCAACUGCUGUCGGUCAGCUCCGACUCGGGUCACUCCUCGGCGGUCGCCGAGCGCAUCGAGGACCCGCCGCGCCCGCCGCCGCCCACCCAGCAGGAGCGCGAGGACCUGGAGCGGCUACUGGGGGGCAUCGAGGGCGACCGGGCCGGCGGACGAGACCAGCGGGAGCGCGAGACGGCCAUCCUGGACGACGGCGACCCGGUCCUGGCGCCCGAGCGCGGCGCGGGCACCCUUCGGCUGAGCCGCUCGUGCUCCUGCCGCGCGGGCUACCGCUCCCAGCACUGCGCCGAGCCCACCUGCGACCGCCCGCACCACCUGCCCAAUGGCUACUGCCUGGACAGGCCGUCCGGCACCAACGGGCACUCCGGCGGCCCGCCACCAGGCCUCAUGGGCAUGUGCCAGCACCACAGUGCCCACUCGCACCAGUCUCUGCCCCCUCCUGACCUGCUGUGGGAUCGCCAGCAGGGGGCCCCGCACUACCUGCACCGCAGCUGUUCCGAGGGGCCCUCCCGGCACAUGUGCCCGUACCCCGGCCAGGACAACCCCCACGGCCUCUCCGCCCCCGGGCGUCUGCUGUGCCGGGCGGACGACUACCUGCCGUACCCGCCGCACCCCGCGUCUCACGGUCACCCGCACGCGCACCACGCCAAGCCCCCCGCGCCCUACCACCACGACGUCAUGCUGCUGGACGGCCUGGGCCCGCCCGGCUGCCCGUGCCGGGACUGCUGCGUCCGGCGGGACGACUCGGCGUUCCACGCGCUGCCCUGGGAGCGCGAGGGCCUGCGGCGCGGCCGCGAGGUGUCGCUGCACUGGGAGCGCGAGCGCGACGCCGACCUGCAGUGGGAGCGCGAGGCCGACUACUGGCACCGCCGCGCCACCGUGGCCGGCUACGGGCCCCAGGGCCACGAGCUGCCCGCCUUCACCUUCGACCCCUUGCCGUCCGGCCACCCGGCCUACCCGGAGCCCACGCACUCGCACACCUACUCGCACCUGGACAUGAAGUACAGCAGCAGCGGCGGCGGCUACCAGACCCCGCGGCAGGCCUGCCCCUGCUCCCCCUACCAGCCCUCCCCCUCAGAGAGCAGGGGCUACGCCUCGGGCUACCAGUCCGAGUCCACCUCUCCUCUGCCCCCUCCUGCCAACUGCCAUGGACCCUCCAGCCACCCCGAGAGCCACUCGCAACACUAUCCUCCCGACACGCAUACCGAUGGCCACACAACCAUAAUUGAGGGUGCUCACUGGCGGGACCACAUGAACCACGUGGCCUUGAGGGGGAUCCACAGAGAAACACACAUUCCCUGCUCCACACCGUCAGAUAUGUCUGGACCUCCCACCCCAGUCCACACCAGCAGCCCUCUGCGGACACAAGAGAGCCCCAGCUUGGCAGCUCGUGACAGUGAGGUGCGCACUAAGGAGGCUCUGAGUGACAGCGCAACAGUCCAGCCCCAACCCCAACCCCAGUCCCAGCCCCAGCCCCAGUCUCCUGCCAGACCCCAGCCUGCUCCUCGGGAACCUCACAGCCCCAGUCAGGGCUCCAAAGACAGUGAGGCCCCCAGCACUGACCCCUGCACCCCCACACAGGCAGCUCCCGAGACCCUUUGCCCCUCCUCACUCAGUCCAGAGGUGCAAGAGACCCGCAGCUCACCGGCCGCCCCCCCGAACCAGCCCGCACUAAUGGCCGUCGUGCCCCCAGACCACCCCCAGCACCACACUGCCCCCGCCGCAGCACUCCCGCCAGGGCACAGCGCACAGGCCCCUCAGCCUCAGACGGACGCAGCGGCCUCGACGACCUCGCGGGCAGGACCCGACUCCGCCGGCCUCUCCUCUGCCCCAGCCUCGCCCGUGCCCACGCUCGCGCCCGCCCCGGUCCAGCCCGUCAGCAACGGCUCCUGCGUGCCAGAGGCCGUGUUCCCCAAAGCCGACUCGGCGCCCUCCUCGCCCCCCCGCGGCAGCCAGGAGGAGGGCUCCCCCACCGCCGAGCCGCCCGUGCCGGGCUUUGCCACACUGGGCCGCAGGCUCAUGCUGGCCGCCGAGCCGCUGGCGGGGCACCACCCGCAGCACUACUCCAGCAUGGAGGGCAUCGCCAGCAGCGCCCGCGGAUCGCCCUCGGCCUCGUCGGAGGGGCACUCCACCCCCACCUUCCCGCUGACCUCUGGCUACUACCAGCCGGCCGGCUCUCUGGGCCCCUACUCGGGACACCCGGGCAGCGCGGCCCCGCAGCCUCCGCUGCCGGAGAAGCGGCGCCAGGGCGCGCUGCCCGGCUCCCCCAACGGAAGGCUGGGCUCCCUGAGGCCGGCGACGGGGAGUCAGCAGUCGGGCCAGCACCACGUCACCUUCUCCCCGUCCGUGGGCGAGGUGGCCCUGCCGGCCAGCCCAAGCGAAGGAGCCAUGAGCGAGGAGGAGCUGGGCAACAGAGUCAGCGUCAAAUUUGUGCAGGACAGCUCCCGCUUUUGGUAUAAGCCAGGCAUCUCCAGAGACCAAGCUAUUGGUGCGCUUAAAGAGAGAGAGCCUGGGGUGUUUUUGAUCCGGGACAGCAACUCAUUUCAAGGGGCCUACGGCCUUGCACUGAAGGUGGCCACUCCACCGGCCAAUGUAAACAGCCACAAUAACAAAGUAGCUGAUCCUUUGGAACAGCUAGUGCGGCAUUUCCUGAUUGAGACUGGUCCUCGAGGAGUUAAGAUAAAGGGAUGCCAGAACGAGCCCUAUUUUGGCAGUCUGUCUGCUCUUGUAUAUCAGCAUUCCAUCACUCCUAUCUCCCUGCCCUGUGCUCUUCGCAUCCCAGAGAAAGACCUGCUAGGAGACAUCCAGGAGGUGCAGCCAGUCAGCAACCUGAGCACAGCUGCAGACCUGCUCAAACAGGGCGCAGCCUGUAAUGUGCUGUACCUGAACUCUGUGGAGACCGAGUCACUGACCGGACCCCAGGCCAUCGCCAAAGCCACAGCUGCAACCUUGUCCCGAAGUCCGAGACCAGCUGCCACCGUGGUUCAUUUUAAGGUGUCCGCCCAGGGCAUCACUCUCACAGACAGCCAGCGCAGGGUGUUCUUCAGGAGACACUAUCCUCUCAACAGCGUCACAUUCAGCAGCGUUGACCCACAGGACCGAAGGUGGACUAACUCAGAGAGCACGACGUCUAAAGUGUUUGGCUUCGUGGCGAAGAAGCCGGGGAGUGUGGCGGAGAACGUGUGCCACCUGUUUGCGGAGCUGGACCCAGAGCAGCCGGCUUCUGCCAUCGUCAACUUCAUCAAUAAAGUGAUGCUGGCCCCCCAGCGCAGGUAGAGCAGAGCAGAGGAGAGGAGAGGAGAGGAUGGGAUGAAGACCGGAGGCCGUCUCCCCAGCCGGGGGCCGUUCUCUGCCACAGCUUCACAAGCCGAGCCAAGUCUGCCCAAUGGUUUGAUCACAGCCAUCUUCCACUCUGUGCUUCACGCAGAAACACACACUAGUUCCUGAAGCUUACAGUUUAAACACCAAAAGCACUGUCAAGCAGAACAGCCAAAUUCCCUGAUUGAAUACAUUAUGGGCAUUCAUUGACAUGGAGGCAAAGCUAUUUUGUUAGUUAUACAGUUUAAGUGAAAGACAAAAACGGUCAGCCUUGUGGGUUUUAAACAAGGUCUAGAUGUGAGGCGGAACCAGCUCUUCUGACUGCAAGAGGAGUGGAUAUGUAUUUAUGUAAAUAAACCUUUAUAGACAAUCAUUGUAAUAUAUGAACAUGAGCUUUGGUUGAGGUCCAAAGGAAGUGUUACUGAAGGUUUGAGAGUGUGUUAGUGUGCUGGCUUACCAAAGAGGGGCAGAGUCUGUGAUGUGGGUGCUCUUAACAUGAGCCCCAAAAAUUCUUGGGGAAGAGUCACUGAUGUUGGGGAAAGUCCAAGGUCAAAUACCUUAGCCUGGCUAAGAAAUGUGCUAAAGAGGAAAAAGAUGAAUGUGAGGUUGUAUGGGCAUAAUGUAUGCACCGUUGGUUACCUACUCACUGCCUAACUAUUCUCAUAUUGGGGGUUAAGCUGAAGCGUAGUCAUGAGGAAGCAAGGCUUGCUGCAAGGGCUAUUACUCAGAGUACACAUUACACUGAAACAGCUGUUCAGUCUCAAGGUUAGUCCAGUUCUAACACCAGGGGGGAAAUACUGCUGACCCCAGUCAUGGAUAUACAGUAUUUACAGUGAAGAAGACAUUGGAGAGGUCCACCAUUCCUUUGCCUAUGGUAUUACAUACAAGCAAUAUAUCACUAGUAUGUCGGUCUCAGUAUAGGUAUAUGGCAUCAAGGUUUUCGUCACUCAACCAUACACAUGUAUAAAUCUCUGUAACCAAGAGAGUACUAGCCAAAAGAAGUAUUCACAGGUAGCUCUGAACUAUGAUUUUUAUAUAAUUGUAUGAACAUGAAGAUAAGAGUGGCCAAAGUUUUUUACUUAACCAAAGACAUUUACAGAGCACUUGUUUGUAUUAAAGCUUUACAUCCUACUUUAUAAGCUUCUUGUAUUUAAUUUGCAGGAUUAGGGGUUUUGUGUGCACGACAGAUACUGUAGAAGGAAACAUGUCUAUGACAGGUUUAAUAUAUUGUGGUCUGUUUUGGUCUUUGUAUGUAGUAAUAUAUUUCCCAUAUGCAGCUCAUCUGGAAAGUGUAAGAGGCAAGAAACAUAAGAAAAAGGAAUUUAUAUCAUGUGUUAUUUUUGACAUAUAUGCAUAAAUGAGGUAAAUAAUAAAGAAAUGUAAAGUUGUGGUACCUAAA